UUACAUUUUUCUCCCUAGUAGAACAUAGAAGAGUACCUUCUAAGCACGCGCUGUUUGGGAAAAUAUGCUAGUAGAUACACAAUUUAUGAGACAUCAAGUAAAAUGCGAACUUUCAUUCAAUUGCAUCUCUCGUGUUUCUUUCUAGACAUUUUUUUCAUCAUUAGAAUCAAGUCGGUGUUGCAAGCGAGUUUAAUCAGUAUUAUACCAUUGCUAGUAUUGUUUCAUAGCAGUUGAAGAUGCUGUUGUUUCAAAACCUACGUACGUGCUAUGCUGAAUAUAUAGGUUUUAAACAAAGAAAUCUGGAUCCUUUACAGGCAUGUAUUUCAACAUGAUUUCUGUAGCAAGUCAGCACCAAACAACAAAAUUUCGAUUAUUAUUAAUCCAUUUUUUUUAUUAAUUGUUUAUUUUGUUCAAUUUAAGAAGAACCUAUAGUCACAACGUUUCUUAAGUUUGGUUCCCUUUCUUAAACUACCAAACAAACAACUGGUGAAUGUCGUGCACAGAAGAGGACCCUAACCUGCAUGAGAAAGAUCGCCGCAUCGAAACAGAAAAUGCUUUCAAUUACAUUCCAUUAAUGUACGAAUGUUCAGAUAUCCUUAUGCGGAAGUGAACUGCGGAUCUUACAUCGUACAAUUCUCAUCAAUCCAUUUUAUCUAAUGAAUUUUAAAAAUUAGCUUUCGAAAAAAGUUUUAUCUUUUUAUUUGUUCAUUAACAAAGCUAGACAUGCAUAACAUCCACUUAUGAGCAACUUCUUUCUUUGUUUUUGGAAAAGAAAGAACGCGGUUGUUUUGAUGACAAAGACGCGUCUGAACGCGCGUCGCGUAUCCCAAAGCUCACGCAAUCCAAAUGAAUUUGACCUGUUCGUGGAGUAAUACUCGCGUCAAGAGGUUAUCUGAUUAUUGUCUAAUAAAUCCAUACACACGAAUCUUAUAAAUGAAAGAAAAGUUUUGUUUUUGUUCAAUAUAUUUAGUUUUUUUUAUGCGGGUUUUUUAGGUUGAAAUUCUGGUCUUCGUCUUCAGGCACGCUCAAGUUGCUGUAGCAGUUAUUAAAUGUGAAGUAUGGAAUAAAGAAAUAUUCAGGUUAGUAAGAGCUUUAUUUUUUGAUUUCAAGUUCGAAUAGUAUUUACAAACUCGUUCCUGUGGUUUAUUUACAUCGAAUGUUUGCAAUAUCAUGUUGUUGUGACGCGUCGCGUAGAUUAUUUAAUACGAGCGCGACGCGUACGGGCGCGUUUUCGUUUGCUAUAUAUUAUCCACCAUCCCCAACGCUAAUGCUCUAAACAAAAACAAUGUUUGUCUAUAAGAGAGACGGACACCAGGAAAAGGUUGCAUUUGAUAAGAUCACAGCUCGUGUUUCAAGACUUUGUUAUGGUCUUGACUCCGAUCAUGUGGAUCCUGUGGCCAUUACUCAAAAAGUCAUCUCAGGUGUCUAUCCCGGUGUAACCACUGUGGAAUUGGAUAACUUGGCAGCUGAAACUGCUGCUACUAUGACCACAAAGCAUCCUGAUUAUGCUAUCCUUGCUGCAAGAAUUGCGGUCUCCAACUUACAUAAGCAAACAGAUAAGGCAUUCUCUACUGUUAUGCAAAAACUUCACGAUUAUGUUAAUCCCAAAACUGGUAAACAUGCUCCUAUGAUUUCUGAUGAGGUAUAUAACAUUGUUAUGAAGCACAAGGACGAAUUGGAUAGUGCUAUCAUUUAUGAUCGAGACUUCACAUAUAACUUUUUUGGUUUUAAGACAUUGGAACGUUCCUACUUAUUGCGUAUUAAUGGAAAAGUUGCUGAACGUCCUCAGCACUUGAUUAUGCGUGUGGCUGUCGGUAUUCAUGGUGAGGAUAUUGAAGCUGCCCUUGAGACUUACAACUUGAUGUCUUUACGUUACUUUACCCAUGCUUCCCCUACUCUCUUCAACGCUGGUACUCCUCGCCCUCAAAUGUCAUCUUGUUUCCUUGUUACAAUGAAGGAUGAUUCUAUUGAAGGUAUUUAUGACACUCUCAAAACUUGUGCAAUGAUUUCCAAGACUGCUGGCGGUAUUGGUAUAAACAUGCAUAAUAUUAGAGCCACUGGUUCCUAUAUCGCUGGUACCAAUGGUACAUCCAAUGGCCUUGUUCCCAUGAUUCGUGUCUUUAACAACACUGCUCGCUAUGUCGACCAAGGUGGUAACAAGCGUCCAGGUGCUUUCGCUGCUUAUCUUGAGCCUUGGCAUGCUGAUAUCAUGGAGUUCCUUGACCUUAGAAAGACACAUGGUAAGGAAGAUUUCCGCGCUCGUGAGAUGUUUUACGCUCUUUGGAUCCCAGACUUAUUUAUGCGCCGUGUGGAAAAGAAUGAACCAUGGACCUUCUUUUGUCCCAAUGAGGCACCUGGCUUAGCCGAUGUUUGGGGUGAAGAGUUUGAGGCUUUGUAUGAAAAGUAUGAAAAGGAGAACCGCGGACGUCGUCAGUUGCCUGCCCAAAAAGUUUGGUAUGCCAUUUUGCAAUCUCAAACUGAGACUGGUAACCCUUUUAUGCUCUACAAAGAUUCAUGCAAUCGCAAGUCUAACCAAAAGAAUUUGGGUACUAUUCGCUGCUCCAACUUGUGUACCGAAAUUAUGGAGUAUUCCGCUCCCGACGAAGUUGCCGUUUGUAACCUUGCUUCAAUUGCUUUGCCUACUUUUAUCAAGGAUGGCAAGUACAACUUUCAAAAGCUUCACGAUGUAGCUAAGGUCGUUACUCGCAAUUUGAACAAGAUUGUUGACAUUAAUUAUUAUCCUGUACCUGAAGCUCGCAAAAGUAACUUCCGCCACCGCCCUAUCGGUUUGGGUGUUCAAGGACUUGCUGAUGCCUUUUUUGCCCUCCGUCUUCCCUUCGAAUCUGCAGGUGCUAAGAAGUUGAACAUUCAAAUCUUUGAAACUAUCUAUCAUGCCGCUGUUGAAGCCUCUAAUGAAUUGGCUGAAAAGAACGGCCCUUACGAGAGUUACGAAGGUUCUCCUGCUUCUCAAGGUAUCUUGCAAUAUGAUAUGUGGAACGUUACUCCUACUGACUUGUGGGAUUGGGCGGCUUUGAAGGCCAAGGUUGCUAAACACGGUUUGUAUAAUUCUCUGUUGGUUGCUCCUAUGCCUACUGCCUCUACAUCUCAAAUUCUUGGUUUCAAUGAGUGUUUUGAGCCUUACACCUCCAAUAUGUAUCAACGUCGUGUUCUUUCGGGUGAAUUCCAAAUUGUCAACCCUUGGUUAUUGAAGGAUCUUGUUGAACGUAACUUGUGGAACGAGGAAAUGAAAAAUAAACUUGUUAUGCUCGAUGGCUCUAUUCAAGCUAUCCCAGAGAUCCCUCAAGAUCUUAAGGAUCUGUAUAAGACUGUUUGGGAAAUCAGUCAAAAAACUGUCAUUGAUUAUGCUGCUGAUCGUGGUCCUUUUGUCGAUCAAUCUCAAAGUCUGAAUGUUCACUUGAAGGAUCCUUCUUAUGGUAAAAUUACCAGUAUGCACUUCUAUGGCUGGAAGAAGGGCUUGAAAACUGGUAUGUAUUAUUUGCGUACUAUGGCGGCUGCUUCUGCCAUCAAGUUUACUGUUGAUCCUAUGAUCCUUCGUGAGCGUAAUAAGCAAGUUGCUCAAGAAAAUCGUGCUCCUAUUAAGAAUGAAAAGGCUGAAAACAAGGGGAAUAAGGAUUCUGAUGAGGCUGACAUCUACAAUGAACAAGUCAUUGCAUGCUCUAUUAAUAAUCCUGAAUCAUGUGAGAUGUGUUCUGCUUAAAAAGUCUAAAAAGCUUUGGUUUAUUUUUGUUAUGAAUGACUUCCAUUUGAUGUAUAUUAUAAGGUAACCUUUGUUGGUUUUACUGUCUUUCCUUUUUCUGUUUUAGUGAGCUGGCUCCGAUCAUUUAGUUUUGAGGUUGAGAUUUUAUUUAGUAAAUAAAAAUUUCUUUAAUAAUAGACUGGAAUUCUAUUUUGUGUACGAA